AUGUUCGACUCGACCACCGCCUCAUCCAUUGUUGCCAUCGAUGAUUGGAAGACUGUACUACGCCGUUACGACCUAGAUCAUCGCGUCCCCAUUGCCCUUUUCGCCAACAAGUCAGAUCUAGGCGAUCCAGUAAUCUCAACAUCCGACCUCGACAAUUAUUGCAAGGCUUGCGAGUAUACAUUCUGGAUGAUGACCAGUUGUCGUAAAGAUGUUGGUAUCACAGAGGGCAUUGACAAGCUGUUGGAACUGGUUAUGGAGAAGAAGCAGAAGGAGUUGGAGGCCAAGAAGAGGACAUCAAUCAUACUUAAUGAUACCUCAUCACCUUCACGACGUGAUACAAUGCAGCGUCUGUCAUUAUCCCGCGACAACAUCUCCUCGCAGUCCAUGCCAACGAUGAUGAUGAUGCACAAUCCAAUGAUGGCCAACAUGUUUGAUAAGAGGGAGGAUGUCGAGCAGUCCUCGCCUUCAAAGCCCAAGAAGCAACAACAACAACCUUCUUCAUCCUCUUCAUCACAACAACAUAAUAUUGAUGAGUUGGACAUGGAGUUUGAGUCCGUGUCAAUCUUGACAGAGUCCUCAUCAUCGAUCACAUCGUCCAACGACGAGGUCAACUCGCCAUCAAAGCAGCAACAACAACUACAACAGCAGCAACAGCAGGAUGAGCAGAGGAAGAGGGACGAGACGACCAAGCAAGAUAUACAGCGACUGAUGGAGUUGCAGAGCCAGGCCAACGAGUUCUACACCAGGAUUGGCAAGAGCUUGGACGAGAUGCUACAGGCUUCCGUCGGUAAUCGUUUCCGCGAUCUCUCACUCCUGGAGAAGCAACGCAGUCAGGAGUACAUCAAGAUAUGCAAUGGCAUCAAGAAGUUGAUGCAGCCCGAUCACCAUCACCACCAUCAUCACCAUCACCAUCAUCACAGCAGCUCCAAGGGCAAGAUCACAAAGGAGAUGAUACAAAAGGCAUUGGAGGACAAUAUCAAGAAGUGGGAGGCACUGUUACAGAACCUCCAGCUCGAGUCCAAGCUGGAUGAGCUGGAGUCUCCACUGUCCACUCCACCAAACAACCUUGUAAAUACGACCAACAACAUGUAUCAACAACAGCAACAACAACCAAAGCCACGCAUCAUAUCACAGUCAUACUCGACACUUGAACAACAUCAACAUCAUCAUCAUGGACAUGGACAUCGCUCCAACCAACAACAUCAACUACAACAACAACAACAACAACAACAACAAAACCAACAUAACAAUCCCAAGUGGAAGAUGGGCUUUGGAUUCAGGAACAACGGUCGUAACCACUCUGCCCACGUGUCCAACUCGUCCAGCAUCGACAUUGAUAAUCCAAUCACCUCUUCGUCUACGGUGUCCUCGUCGUCGUCUUCAUCACCAUGCUCAUCAACACACUCUGGCUCACCCAUACACUCGCCAUCGUCAUCACCGCCCAACUCACUGCCGAUGACUCCAUCAAUCCUGCCAUCAUCCUACGGGCUGACAGUCAACCUUCCACCCAACAUCCAUUUGAUCAACUCUAGUGCAGAGAACAGCUAUCAAGGUCCCUAA